AUGAUAGAAGCAGGGAGAGAAGUAAACUCAUGGCUUGAUCUGAGCGAUACUGGUAUAUUGCCAAGAGAAAAUGAAUGCGGCAAGGUGGAUCUAUCGAAUCGUAUUAUAGGAGGAACUGAAACACGUAUCGAUGAAUUGCCCUGGACAGCACUGCUUGUAUAUUUCAAUAGAAGUAACGGUGAUUUGGGAUCCGCUUGUGCCGGGACGCUUAUUAAUUCAUUCCAUGUGAUCACAGCACCACAGUGUGUUGACUACGAAAUGAUUUACAAAAGCGGUAUAAAUCUGACAGCUGUACGUUUGGGCGAAUGGAAUGUUGCCACCGAAAGGGAUUGUGAGAAAGAUUCCCGAUAUGUGGAAUUCUGUGCGCCACCUGUACAGGAUAUCAAAAUCGAUGAGGUUAUAAUUAAUGCAGAUUUUGACAGAAAGAAAAUGUUACAUGAUAUAGCUUUAGUACGUUUGGUGCGAAAAGUCAUUUAUACGGACUUUAUUAGUCCCAUCUGCUUGCCAACAUGGGAUUCUCAAGUAUAUCUGGGCUUUGCCGAUACCACAGCCGAAAUCGCUGGAUGGGGAGAAACGGAAAAGAAAACAUAUAGUAAUAAGAAAUUGAAAGCUACAGUCAAUAUACACAAUCUGCAAGAAUGCACAAGCAAUAUUACACAUGAUGAUAUAGGUUUCGGGCAUACUUAUGAUCCCUAUCGACAAUCGUGUGCUGUUGGCAACGACAAAAUUGCCUGUAAAAUCGACACGGGGGGUCCACUUAUGAUUUUAGACAAACCCAGUGGUAGGACUUCUUAUUAUUUGAUAGGCAUUUUUUCUAGUGUGGAGCAAUCUUGCACAGAGAGGAAGCCACCAGCUAUUUAUACGCGUAUUCGUCUGUACAUGCCCUGGAUAAGAACAGUUUUGGAUAGAUAA